AUGAAUCAUCAGAGAUAAUUUUAAAGUUUGAGAAGUGUCCCAGAUGUCUAAGAAACUGAUGAAGUGGAAGAUAGAAUAUUUUAUUAGAUGGUAGGAACAACAUAAUAAGAAUCUCAUAUUCUUAUAAAUAGUGAUCGUACAUCUAUUGAGGAAUGGAUGAAAUUACAAUAAAGUUUAAAAGAAGAAUAAUACAAAAUGAGAUAAGAAGAUGAACUUAAAAAUAAAUUAUUAGAUGAAUUAAAACAUGAAAGCAGGAAUUAUUACUAAACUUAUAUUAAUGUAUUAGUUGAGAGUAAUAUGAAUUAAGAAUAAAAGACAUUGGAAGAAUCCACAUCUAGAUUAUUUAGAAAUGCAGAAACUAAUGUAAAAUUGAUAUUUGAAAAACUAUCAAAUACAAAAGUAUGUUCUGCAAUAUUCCAACAUCAUAAUAAUACAAAUAGAACUCCAGAAAUUGAAACUCUUAUACGUACAUUCAUAAAUAGUAUUUAUGAUAAUAUUGCAUGUGGAUCAAUGUGGAAAUAGCCAAUUUUGAAAUUAAUGAGUGAAAUAAUAACUACAGAAGUCAAUAGAUAAGAAAUUCCUGAAUUUUUAUGGGAUAGAGAAGAAACUUUAACAUAAUUUAUUAUGAAGGAAUUUGCAAAACGACCUGAAAAUGUCAAAUAUACUAAAGUUAUAUUCAAAAAUUCAUUAAUACAAAUUACUAAAGUUGAUAAGUUUCUUGAUUUAGACAAAAGAAAAAUAGCAGACAAAUUGCGUGAAAUAAAGAAAGAAUAAGAAAAAAAAUAGAAAGAUGAUAAAUAAGUUUUGACUUCAUCUGCUUUUACUGUUAAAUAAGUUCCUUUAAUGUAAAGUUCAUCACAUAAAUUACCUUAAAGAUAAAUACCUAUUAUAACUCCAAUUAGAAAUAUUGAAAUACCUUAAUAAAAUAUGACACUUUAUUAUGCUAAUUUAAUUAAAUAAUAUGAUCAAUCUAAGAAAUAAAAUAUAAAACAUUCAAGAAGAAAUUAAAAUUAAUUAGCUGAAUUUUCAUUAAAGGUUCUUCAAUUUGGAGAAGAAUAAAGAUAAGCCAAAUUCUUAACCAUGGAAAGGAGAAGUGUUGUACCUACAGAAUCUCAGUCUGAAUCACCUGUUCGCAAUUUAUCUGAUGUUUAUAGUCAUAGUAGUAGAUCUGAUCAACAUUUAAAUAAUGAAAUUAAUAGUGUCUUGAUUGCUUGUAUAGAUAAAUUUAAACAGCUUGUAAAUAAUAUCAUGGAAAACAUAUUUAAGAAUAUUUACUUAAUACCUCAAGGUAUUCGUAUCAUUUGUAAAAUGAUUUAAAUUACAAUCUUAAAAAAAUUUCCAGAAGCCACUGAAUAAUAAAUUUAAGAUAAUAUCUUUAGUUUUUUAUUUAAUGUUUGGUUAAUACCUUAAUUAGUAUUUCCAAAAUAAUAUUCAUCUUUUAAAUAUAUUAGAGAAGAUCAUGAAAACACAGUUUAAUAAAUUCAUAUUAUUAUUAAAAAAAUGAUAAGGAAUUAAAAAUAUAAUGAAGAUCCUUAAUAUAAUAGAUUAAAUUAGUAUAUGUAAGAUUUGUAACCUUCUCUUAAAGAAUAUCUUCAAGAGAUUUUAAAUUUAUGUCCUGAUUCUGUUAAUGCCAUAAUUAAUGAUACUAAUAAAAUUGAUGGAAUACAAUCAAAUUGUGUUUGCAUAGCUUUAGAUGAAAUUAAAAUUCUCUGUUAAUUAUUAUAGGAUAUGAAAACAUUCAAAACUGAGUCUGCAGAUCUUUAAAAAGUCAUUAAUUAACUUGUCACUUUAGCUACAAGAACUUUAGAAAUAGAUAAAUAUGAAAACAUAUUUAGAUAAUAAAAUAAUUAAUUAGCUUAAUAAUAAAUUUAUGCACUAAUCUUAAAUUUCUCUAUUCCUAAUAAUAUUGUAUAUUAAGAAUAGGUCUAACCUUUAAAGAAGAUUAAAGAUGAAAAAUUGAGAAAUGCUAGAAAACUUGUUAAUGCAUUAAUGAAAUGUUUGAUAGAAAUUUAAGAUUUAGCUACUUCUACAUCAGGAAGUUAAGAAGAAACUAGUCUCAAAAGAGUACUUACUAAUUUUAUUGAUGUAAAUAAUUAUAUUAUACUUUAAGAAAUACACAUAUUUGGAUGAUAAAAAAACUGUAUUUUAAAUUAAAUAUGUUUUGGAAUAACUAAAAUUAUUAAAUAAAGAAGAUUUGUAAAGUAAUUUAAGAAAUAUUUAUUAAAUUUUGAAUUAAGAAUUUUAAGAACGUUCAUUGAAUUUGACUGAACAUAUUUAAUAAACAAAAUAUCAAUUAUUAAGUGCAAAGUAUAAUAUUAAGAAAAAUUAUGAAGUGAUGAGAGAGUCCUUUGAAUAAUUAAGCCAAGAAAAACGAUAAAAAUAAUUAUAUGAAUUUAUUGAAAAGACUCCUCUGACAUUAUGUGUCACAUCUCCAAAAACAAGAGAAGGCUUAUUUUCAAUCAAAGCUAUGAAACUCAGAAAUAAUAAUAAUAAUGAAGCCUUAGAUGAAAAUUAAAUUUGGGUUGAACAAUAAAGUGAAUGUAUUCAUAAUGCUAUUAAUCUGGAAUUUAUUAAAUAAAUUGUUGGAGGAGCUAGUCCUAAUGACUAAAAGAAAAAUUCUGAAUUUUCAAAUUCUCAUUGUUCUGAUAUCAAAUAAUUUAUUGAAAACUUUUCCUCUUUAUAAGAAGUAAAAGAAGCUGUAAUUUCUGGAGAAGAUAAAGCUGGUGUUAAGAAUGCAUAUUUUGACUUUAUAUAAGCUUUAGCUACUUUCUUAAAAGGAAAGAAUGAAAUGAAAAUAGAUGAAAUUUAAAUGAUGGAUAUGCUUGAAAAAUAUGUUAGUAAACGUGUUUAUGAUAAGUAUUAAAUUAAGUAUUAUUUAUUUAGAGUCUAUCCAAAAGAGAGAACAUACAAAGAUGCUGGUCUUUAUUUUAGAAUUAAAUCUUUAGAAUGGGUAAGCUAUGACCAUUUAGAAAUAAUUAAAUAAAAUAGAGUUGAUGAAAUGUGGGAUUUAGCAGUAGAAGGUAAUUAAUUUUCUACAAUUUUAUAUAGCUUUAUUGAACAUUGAUAAUUGUAAGACUGCUGUAAAUAAAUUAGAAGCCAUGAUAUAAUGUUCAAAAAUUAUGAAUGAUGUCCUUAAAUUAACAUCAUUAAAAGAGGAAGCUACCUCUGCAGAUACUGUAUUACCUAUUCUUAUUUACAUAUUGAUUAAAGCAGCUCCAUAAAGAUUACAUAGCAAUUUAAAUUUUGUUUCACUAUUUUUAGAUAAAAGCAAAACUGUGAGUCAGUAAGGCUAUUGUUUAACAUAAUUAUAAUUAGCAAUAUAAUGGUUAGAAGAAGUAGAUCAUAAAUUAUUAAAAAUGGAUUAGUUGAACUUCCUUGAGUAUUUUUAUUCAUUAUUUAUAGAACAAUAACAAAAGCUGAGAUUAGAUAUGGUAUUCAUUAUUUAAAGAGAAGAAAUAGAUCAGAGAGAAUUUCUAUGCCUUUAAAUAAAAUUUAAGCACUUAUCAAUUGA